CUGACAACGCACAACCGACCACGCCUCCGCAUCAACUAGCAGGCCAGGUCAACGUCAGCUAAUUAGUAAGGUGCGGUUUUGGUCAGUUUUGCAACAAGAAGCACCUGUUCGAGUGGAGUGGAGAAGUGCUCCUUCAUUGGAAGACUUUGAAAAACGACCUUUGUGCUCAAUGCAGUUCAGCUGUCGGUACGGCUGUUCCUAGAGAUGGACACCCACUGGUGUCCGGCGUCAUAGAUCAGGUGGCAGCUAGCCUGUCAGUAAAGACGGGACACCCCAGCUGGGUCAAGUGUUGAGCAACAACCGCGGCAGCCCGGUACGGUGGGUGAAGGUUUUCCCCUUGGCGUGGACACUGACAUGCCCGUGUUCGCCCAGGAUCCGGCUCAGUUCUCUAAGCAGAGGCUGAAGCUGGAGUUGGUCGCCAACAAUGUGGACCUGCCUCCGGGGGAGAGUAAGAAACAGGUGUACCUGGAUCUGUACAUGAAAUACGUGUCCAAGAAGGGCGCCGCCGAUUUCUCCAGCGAUGAGGAGGACCACGUGCAAGGAAACAACGUCGAGGACCCCAGCGUGCAGGAGGAAGCGGAAGAGGCGGAACGGCAGGAGCAGGAAGCGGACGAGAUGGACGUCACCCAGCUGACGGACGAUGAGCUGAAGGCACAGCUCCUGCAGUUUGGGGUGAAGGCCGGCCCCAUCGUGGCCUCCACUCGGGCUCUGUAUGAGAGGAAGUUGCAGAGGCUACUGGAUCCAGCCGCGCUGCCUGACCAGAACGGCACCAACGAGGCCGACCAGUACUCCGACAGCGAGGAAGAUGAGGAGGAAGAGGAUAAUCCAGGUGGCGAGUGCGAAGACCCGGGCCCGGAGCCGGUGGCCGUCGCCGUGGUGACGGGUUCGAGGCGCGGCCAGCUGGGAAGCAAGCAGGUGGGACGGCACUCUCAGGACGAUGAGAAUCAUUACUAUCCCCAGUGUUUUAUCCCCUCUUCAAGAAUGAGAGUGAAGUGUGGCUCUCCUUUGGUGUGCAUCCCCCUAUGGGACCCUGACCCCCGGGGUGACCCCAGCGCAUGUGCGGAACGGCCCGUGGUGCCAGGGGGGACGUCGCCGUGUGGGUCCCGGGAGGGCAGUCGGGGUGGCCCCCCCUCUCCCGCCCCCACCACCUACCCCCCCUCCUCCCCGUCCAUCUUUGCCUCCGCCUCCACCUCCGUCUCGUCCAGCUUCAGCAUCACCCAGAUGGUGGAGGAGCUGGAGAGCAGGAGUCCGCACUCGUCCAGCAGGGCGGCGCCAGAGAGCAGAUCCAGCCGGGGGUGUGAGCGGAGGCUGUGGGACAGGGAGCAGUCGGGCGUGAGGAGGAUGGACAAGUGCACCAUGACGGGCAGGUCCCCACUCGCCGGCCUGGGGUCGUCUGCAUCCCGGCACCAGCUGAAGACCCCGGUGCCUGAUUUUCUGACUGAGAUGUUUCCGGAUGCAGAUCGCACGCCGACCGGGAUCAGUGCCACGCGGCGGCGGCCGAUUAAGGGGGCCGCGGGACGGCCCGUGCGGUACAAGUACCCCGACCUGCCCCUGAGCCCCGCCUCGCUGGAGAGGAGGGAGCUGCAGCGGCGGCUGGUCCCCGUCUGGGUCCAGGUCCUGGUCUUCCUGGGCGUGGCCGGCCUGCUCUACCUGGUCUACGGCGCCAUGGAGACGGGCCUGGAGAACCCCUUCGCCGCGCUGCUGGAGAACCUGAGCCAGGGGGCGGAGCUUGCCGAAGAGGAGCCGCCGCCCCUUCCCGAACCGCAGGACGUUCCCACCAACCUGCUUGCCGAGGAGUACUGACUCCUCCCACUCUGUGAAGAGUACUGACUCCUCCCACUCUGCCCUCUUUGU